GAGCAUUGUGUUGUCCACAUUCUUGGCACAGAAGGACACUUUGGGUUCAGGGUCACCCUCACCACUUCAUCAAGAGAGGCAUAAAGAGAGGAGAGAGUGAGGUAGAUGCAGACAGAAAGUGAGAGGUAAUACUGAGGACAGAGACUGAACAAGGUCUUCAAGGAGAGAGACAGACAGGCAGACAGAAAAGGAAGUGGGAUGUAUCCGUCCUACAGAUCUUUGACACCCAGAGGACUUCACCUGUUUCUUUAAAGAAAGUGUGCCAGUUGGUGGGUUAUCAUGGAAACCAGGGUGGUGAUGCAGCGAGAGCAGGAGGAGCAAUCGUCCCAGAUGUCUCACAGCAUGCAACUGUCCUCCCAGAUCAAGAAGAAGACCUUCACUUCCAGCGAUGAGGAAGCCUCCUACUCGGAUUUCUAUCCCAUCAUCCCCGCUGACCUGAUGUCCGUCAAGGAGAUCCUGAACAUGGACAACUUCCCCCGCCACAGAACCUGGGAAAUCCUGAAGGAAACUCUGGCUGCUGAUGAAGAGUAUCACAGAGACAAGUGGACCCUGUUUGGGAAUGAGGCUGAGAAGGUGGAGCUAGAUGUGAUCAGGAACCAGCAUAUGUUACGCACACGCGUUGACACAAUGGCCCUUCGCAAGCAGGCAGAGAAGGCGGCAUCUGCCCACAUGAAGUACCUGGAGCGUCUUAAUCAGAAGGCUCCAGAUUUUCCAAUCCCUCUGAGGGCUCACACUGUCUGGGAGGGCAUGACAGUCAAACUCUCCUGUACCGUCCAGGGCUGUCCACCCCCAAAGGUCACAUGGUAUAAGGAUGGCGUACCACUGAGAAUGGCUGACCAACCAUGGAAUUACAGUCUUCAACAAAAAUUUGGUUUAAACUCACUGGAGAUCAGAAGGUGCGCUCCUGAUGAUGCUGGCGAGUAUAAAGUGGUAGCCAAGAGUCCCCUGGGUGAAACUAUGACCUUUGGAAGACUUGUGGUGAACUCAUAUCAAGGAGCCGUGGCUGGUUCAGAGAGCUCACAGACCCCCGCCUUGAAGCUUGAGCAAGAAGCCCAGUUUGGCGACACCUUCCCCCCAACAUGGGUGAAGGAGGGUGACAGUCUCACCCUGCAAUGUACCUUUACCUCAGCUCUGCUGCCCUUCCAGCAAGAUGUCAGCUGGUUCAGAGAUGGCAUUCAGCUGCAUCAGUCGAGCACUGUGGACAUUAAGACAGUCAACGACAAGACCUCCAUCACUUUAAAGGCUGCACACAAGGAACAUGAAGGUGUUUACACUGUCCAACUGAGGACCUGGGAUGAAAUCCAGGAACACAGUGCUUUUGUCUAUGUCAAAGAUGCAUCAGCUUCAGUGCUGGGAGGCCCCGCCUCUCCUCUGGCCGUCCAGGUAUCUGACGUCAACAAGGACUACGUCUUCCUUACCUGGCAGCCACCUAGUGCUGAUGGAGCUUCACCUGUGGAGGGUUAUUACGUGGAAAGAUAUGACGUCGGUCAGGGUGAGUGGGUGCGCUGCAAUGUGCAUAUUCAGAAAAUGUCCCACUACCCGGUGUUUGGUCUAAAGGAAGGAACUCUGUACCAGUUCAGGGUUCGUGCUGUUAACCGGGCAGGAGCAGGACGCCCCUCCAAGGCUACCGAGCCCGUCCUCACUAAAGACCCCCUGGAAUACACCAGGACCAUGGUGGUCAAAGUGGACAGAGGAAGGACGAUCACCAUUACAAAAGAUGAGCUUGAAGGUCAGGUCAAAGCUCCUUUACCUCCCACAAAUGUUCACGCCUGCGAGGUGAGCGACACCUACGUGGUGCUGAGCUGGACCGAGCCUGAUCCAAGGGGCAGGGAGCCACUCACCUUCUACGUGGAGCGGUCCCUGGCAGGGAAGAGCAGCUGGCAGCUGGCCAGUCUGGACAUGGUGGUAAACUCUCCCAGGUUCCCAGUGUUUGACCUGGUCAAGGGCAAGCAGUACUGCUUCAGAGUGCGCUCCAUCAACAAGUACGGUGUCAGUGACCCCUCUGAGCCGAGUGAAAUGAUCUCCUUGGGAAAGCCACAAGCUGCACCAGCUCCACCUCACUCUGUCAUGGCCAUCAGAGACACAGACACCUCGGUGCUGCUCCAGUGGCAGGAGCCCAAAGAAAAAGACGACAUCCUGGGCUACUACAUGUAUUACAGUGAGACUGGCAAACAAGACUGGAAGACUGUCAACAACAAGCCUGUUACCACACCAAGAUUCACAGUCCAUGGCCUCAAAACCCGAGGGGAAUAUGUGUUCAGGGUGAAGUCUGUGAGCCGAGCAGGAAACAGCAGCUACUCAAAUGAGUCUCACCCCAUCCUUGUCAAAUCAGCCAUUUAUGUUCCUUCUGCUCCCUCUGACAUCGCUCUGCUGCUGUGCACUGGAUCAGAGAUGGUGUUGGGCUGGAGAGCCCCCGCCUGUAACGGGGGGGACCCUGUGCGUGGAUACUACCUGGACCAGAGGGAAAGGGGCAUGGAAACGUGGGGAGAGGUCAACGUGAAGCCUGCUAAAGAGAGGCAGUUUAAGGUUUGCAACCUGACUAGUGGACACUUCUACCAAUUCCGUGUGUUUGCUGCCAAUGUGGCUGGCAUCGGGAAGCCCUCUGAGGCCAGUGAAGCUUUCCUGUGUGAGAAGUGGACGAUGCCAGAGCCAGGCUGUCCCUAUGACCUGGAGUUGAGGGAGGUGAGAAACAGCUCCCUGGUGCUGCUGUGGGCGGCUCCGUUGUAUGAAGGAAGGAGCCCCGUCACUGGCUAUUUGCUGGAAAUCAGCCAGGGUGACCAAUCAGACAACUGGACUGCUUUGAAUGAAAAGCCAGUGUCUGACACACAUUAUAAGGCGUCAGGUCUUCAGGCGGGUCAGACCUACCGUCUCCGUGUGUCGGCUGUCAAUAAGGCCGGAGUGGGCUCUGCUUCCCUGCCCACUGAGCCAGUCACAGCUCAGACCCAACCAGGCACCAAAAACAUUGAGAUUGGAGUGGACGAUGAUGGUUUCAUAUUCCUGGGCUAUGAGGCUGAUGAGAUGAACGACAGCAAGUUCCUCUGGAGAAAGGACUACACAGAGCCCAUUGACGCUGGGAGAGCUCGGGCAGAAACCAAGAAGAAUAAGUCAGUCCUCAUCUUCACAGAACCCUCUGAGGAGGAUCUGGGUCUCUACACAGUGGAGAUGAUCGACAACACAAACCUGUCGUCCAGCUACGACUUCACAGCUGAAGACCUUGAACGACUCAAAGAACUCAGCUGGCAAGUCAGAAAUCCACUGAUAGCUCUGAAGUCGGGCUGGCAGGUGGAGGUUUCUGAGAAAGGUGACGUACGUCUUUGGCUUCAGACAGAGAGUCUGAGUAACGCUGCUGAGCUCCGUCUCAUCUUCAAUGACAGAGAAAUCUCCAGCACUCCGCACCGUAAGAUCAACUUCGACAAGGCCAAAGGUCUGGUGGAGAUACUGUUUGAUCAGCUCUCUCAGGAGGACGAGGGCUCUUACACGGCUCAGCUGCGGGACGGCCGAGCCAAAAACCAGUUCACUUUGGUCUUUGUGGAUCAAAAGUUCCGUCAGACGCUGGCCCUGGCUGAUGCAAACCGACGUGACCAUGAGAGAAAGUCUGGACCCUAUUUCCAGGAAUUCUUGUCGUGGAGUGUAAAUGAGGAUUGUGAACUGAUUAUAAAGUGCAAGGUGACAAAUACAAACAAGGACACGUCUCUCAAGUGGUUUAAAGAAGGCGUGGUGACCCAAGUUGUGUAUGACCAGUCAUCAGGGGUCAGCACACUCACAAUCCCACAGGUCACAAAGAAAGAGGCAGGUUCAUACAGAGCUGUGGUGUCAGAUGGGAGAGGAGAGGAUGUCAGCACCUUAGAGUUACUAGAUGACGAGUAUGACAAGCUUCUCCAGCAGCUGAGUAAACAGUGUGCAUUGUCAGCCAGCCCACUGAGGAUUCAGAGCACCGCUGAAGGUUUCAAGCUCUACUGUUCACUCAAAUACUAUAUAAGCUACCUGAAGAAUAGCUGGCACUUCAAGGAGAAGAGGAUUGACCAGGAAGCCAGGACAAAGCCUGGCAGCAGUAUGCAGAAAGUCUGGAUUGAAAUCUUUAACCCAACAGAGAAUGAUAAAGGCAAAUACACCUUGGAGAUGUUCGACGGCAAAGAGACACACAAACGCUAUCUUGACCUGUCUGGACAAGCCUUUGCUGAUGCCUUGCUGGAGUACCAGAGGCUGAAGCAAGCGGCCAUUGCUGAGAAAAAUCGGGCCAAAGUGACAAAGGGUCUUCCUGAUGUGGUAGCCAUCAUGGAGGGAAAGUCUUUGUGUCUGACAUGCUUCAUUGACGGUGAACCAGCCCCGGAGAUCUUCUGGCUUAGGAACGACAGGGAGAUUGUUAACCAGACCCAAUAUACCAUCACUAAGGAGCCCAAAUGCAGCACCAUCACUGUCAACAACGUCAACAUGGAAGAUUCUGGAAAAUACAGUAUCUUUGUGCGCAACCAGUAUGGCUCUGAAACUGUUGAUGUGACCAUGAGCGUUUACAAGCAUGGGCAGAAGCCUCCAGCAAAUGCUGUGGAGAUGGGUUAAGACUGCAAACUGAGACAGAAAUUAAUUUUCUGCAGAGGUUUUAUGCUUCAGAUUGAGAUUUUCUUUUUUUUUUUUACCAAAGAUAGAUGGAUAGAUUGAUGACAUUCUCUCCCUACUUUUAAUCCGAAAUAAACAUCUGCAUAGAGAGAAAGAAGAGAAUGAAAGUGGAUGGAUAGAUAGAUGGUGAGAUGAAAUGAUGGUAGAUUGUUCAUGUAUUAGGAAACUUUAUUGAGCAUGAGGGAACUUUAUUUAGCAUGUCCACUGAGGUUUAAUCAAAAAUAUCUGCAAACAGUCUGCAAACUGUCAAUAUAAUUUAAAUAAUAGACAAUAUGUCAUAAAAAUGUCAUACUCAGGCUUUUCUUGUGAUGGAGAUGCAGAAUUGCAAAGUCCCGUUAGUCAGACUCAUUUAUUAGCUGAAAAGCUGGAUUCAUAAGCAGUAAUACACACCAUUGCUCAAUUCAAUAUACUCAGAGUAUUUGCUGCUACAACUUACUUGGUCUUGUAUAUCCAGUAGCUUAUGAUAGCUAAUGUUAAGCAACUUAUUUUUAGCUAACAUUAGCUACCAUAAGUGACCAUUAUCUUAUGAUAGCUAAUGUUAAGCAGUUGAAUGUUAGCUAAUAUUAGCUUACAUUAGCUAACAAUAGAUACCAUAAGCAGCUGGAUGUUAGCACAUUAGCUGGAAGCAAAUUUGGAAGCAAGCUUAGAUAUUGCUUUAUAAGUGACAUGACAGAGCCAAUUUGCUGACUUUGACUCUUCUCUACUUGUGUUACUGUUACACUGUAUUUUAUCAUUUACGUUUAUUCGAUAACUGUCACUUGUGGCCAUUGUUCAGCAAAAGUUACACCUGCAUCUGUCAUAACGAAAAUUGCAAACCCUCAGCUUCUGGACUGUAGAGCUUUUGGUGAAUCGUGUCAUUUGUCUGCGUGUGUAGUUAAUAAAGCAAUUUCAAGUGA